AAAAAGUCAAGACGGAAAAGAAUCAUGAAAAAGAGAAAACAAGAGGAAGAAAAGAAGGAAUAAAAUAUAAAGUAGAAAGAGGUGAAAAUAGAAAUAGUGUUAGUGGAGGUGACUAUUCAGUGGUAGUGGCGACAAUGAUGGUGAUGGUAGUACUGAUGGAGGUGGAGGUGGAAGUGGAAGUAGCGGUGGAAAAGAAAGAGGUAGUGGUAAUGGUGAUAAUGGUGGUGGUGGAAGUAAAAGCGCGAGUGGUGACGGAGAUGGUGGUAACGAUGAAAGAAGAAAAAAAAUAGAAUUAAAAAAAAUUAAAGAAAGUAUAAAAAAAUUUUAAAAACUAUAUAAUUAAAAAUGAGAAAAUAAAGAUGCGCACAUUGAUGAAAAGGAUAUCAAAUGAAAUUGAAAGAGAAAAUAAUACUAGAAAUGUACUUGACGUUUAAUCCUGUAUUAAGAUUAUUUGAUGAACGAUUUAACAAUUCGCUAGUUAUUAUAAGGAGACAAUUAGCUAAUGUUGAAGUUAAAUGCGUGAGAAAAUUAGUUGAAGCGUAUGCACUGACUGGUACGGAUACAGACAUUAAACCUAUCAGUCCUCCUCAUCAUGGCUAGUUCUCAAUCAUGAUAAAGUUCAAUAUUGCACAACUAAAACAAUGAUAAAAUUAUGAGAAAUAUAUAAAAUAAGAAAAGAAUAUUAUAAAAAUAUAAGAAUAAUAAAAAAAAUGGAAAAAUAAAAGUAUUAAGAAAAAAAAUAAAUAUAAGAAAAUAAAUAUUAACGAAAAGAAAAGAAAUAUUAAUAAAAAACAAAAAAAAAAAAUAAAAGCGAGACUAUGUAUUUUGUGUAUACAAUAGCUUAUCGUUUAUUAUUGGUGUUCUUGUUCAAAGGAAAUUUUUACAAGUUGAUAAUAAAGUUUCUUUGAAUUUUCAACGAAUCAGUAGAGUUGAUUUCGAUUUAAUUUAAUGUUCGUCGAAGGAAAUGAAGCUGCCGGCGCAUAUAAUCCACCAUGGGGGACAACGACCGUCAUCACGCUACGAGAAGCUGUGUCAACUUAACGAUUCACUACACCAUGCAUCGGCAACAGAGGAUUCGAUCUUCGUUAUCGUCAUCUUUAUUAUCGUUGCCACUCUCGAUGUCUCGAUCAUCCAUUCUACCCGCACCGCUGUCACCAACUACAUCAAUGUCGUCUGUGACAACAUCAACUUCAACUUUGUCAUCACCGUUAUCAUCGUCAUCCAUCUUUUUACCAUCGUCCGCAACAUGGUCGACAUCCAAUUUAUCGUCAUAUUCUUGGAGUGUGCAACAAACCUCGUGUUCGAGGUUAUCCUCGUUGCCAAGCGAAUUGUCGAUCAUGUCAACAAUACCCUGUCCAAGACUUGUUUCUGUGUUAGCCUGGUCUGUGACGCUUUUACUUGUUUCAUCAUGUAUCGGUUUAACGGAUGCUGGCAUCUUAAAUGGACAUCCUUUGGGUAAAAGGUCCUUUAUUGAUAUUCAAUGUAAGGGUAUAUAUGAUAAAAGUAUCUUUGCCCGGCUGGAUCGAAUCUGCGAGGAUUGUUAUAACCUGUUUCGAGAACCUCAAUUGCAUCAAUUAUGCAGGCAAGACUGCUUUGGUACGGAAUAUUUUACAAGCUGUAUUCAAGCAUUGCUGCUUGAAGAUGAAAAGGAAAAACUUUACGAAAUGGUCGAGUACCUAGGUCGCAAGAAGUAAGAGGAAGAGAACACAGAAGCGCUUUCAUCGUGAAGGCUUUCAUUUUUAUGACAUCUGCGAUGAAUGAUUUUAAUAAGACCAACGAGAAACUAUAAGAAACAACGAGAAACGAGAAAUUAUAAGAAACAAUUUUCAUAAAAAGGUUAUUGUUACGCAGAAUUGUGAAAAACAUAUAAUAUUCGUUUAUCCUACUUCUUUUAUGAAGUCCGAAAGAAUACUCUUAAAUUCGAGCACGCAAUCAUACCUUUUCCAUUCUCUUCUAUGAUACAUCAUAUAGAACAACAAAAAUGAUAUUAUCGGAGUAACUAAUAAUUGCUAUACAUAUACACAUAUUUGUAUAUAUUAUAUGUAUAUGUGUAUUGUAUAUAUUAUA